AUGUUAUCAAUACAGUAGAAUAAAUAAACGACCCAAACUCGAGGAAGGUGUAUUUUAUCCUGCAGCAGUAGGAGGUAUAGAGGCAGUAAAACAAGAGUUUCCUCACAUGGCGCUAUUAGGUUAUGGUGACACCACGACAAAUGGGGACGAUUGGAAAUGCGGAGGUUCGUUGAUAAGCGAAAGGUGGAUAUUGACUGCAGCUCACUGUCUAGAAAGUUCUGGGAUUAAAUCUCGCUGGGCUCGCCUCGGAGUUUUAGAAAGAGUCGUUAAUGAAGACAACGCAGUUCAGCCCAAAGACUAUCGAAUAGUGCAGCAUGUAAUACAUCCCGAGUAUAAUCCACCUUCGCUAUACAACGAUAUAGCUCUAUUUCGUUUGGAAAGGGACGUCGUAUUUUCCGAAGAUGUGCGACCGAUUUGCCUUAACACGGAAUCGGAUCCAUCUUUAACACCAUUAAAACAAAUAGCUACUGGUUGGGGACGAAUUUCAACGGCCGGCCCAGCCAGCGACAAUUUGUUGAAAGUAGAUUUGGAUAUUUUUCCGACAAAUCAGUGCAAUGAAAGUUAUAUUUCAAAUACUCGUCAAUUACAAUUUGGCAUACUACCAGACAGGAUGAUUUGUGCUGGUUCGUUUGAUGGUGAAAAAGACACUUGCUCGGGUGAUUCGGGAGGGCCACUUCAAAUAAAAAAUGUCGAUUUCCCUGAUAUGUAUACACAAUAUGGGAUUACAUCAUUCGGGAAAUUUUGUGCUGACAAGGAUACCCCUGGAAUUUAUACUAGAGUGUCCAAAUACAUUUCAUGGAUCGAAGAAAUAGCAUUUUCAAAUAACCUAUUAAUUUCUGGACAUAAAGCAAAUAUACUAAAUUUGUAUGAAGGUGAUGUAUGUCAGUUAGGCAAGGGCAAUUCUAUAAAUCAUAUCUGCAAACAACCAGAAAAUUGUUCGUCGUUAGAACAGCAAAUUCGAGGUCAGAGUUUUCCGCAGAUAUGCUCGUUUACAAAAAACAAGCCAAUUGUCUGUUGUUCGCCCACAGCAGCAAUCAACACAACAAAUUUCAAGCCGGCCUUAAGCACCACCAAUGUUACAUCAUCAUACUCUGCCACUGAAAUGUGUCGCCAGUACUCGGAACUUGUGUACGUGAACGUGCGACAACCCUCGCCUGGCGGUGAACCGCCGUCGAAAACUCUAAACUGCUACAACGUGUUGACGUUGAUCGUCGGCGGCGUUAAGGCCAAGCCAAAGGAAUUUCCGCACAUGGCACUAUUAGGUUACGGGGACAUUGCGGAUGAGCAGAAGUCGUGGGGCUGCGGAGGUUCGUUGAUAAGCAACAGGUGGAUCCUGAGUGCGGCGCACUGCACCAUUAAUUCUGGACGAACGGUGAGCUGGGCACGAUUGGGCGAUUUGAACAUUUAUUCGGAACCCGACGACGCCAGCCCGGUCGACUACAAAAUCGUAGAGCGAGUGGUGCACCCAAACUACAAUUCGACUUACGUGUACAAUGACAUAGCACUGUUCCGUUUAGAGGAAGAAGUCAAGUUUUCGGCGCACGUGAGACCCGUGUGCCUGAACACGGUCCAAAAGUUAAACUUCAAGAUGGCCACGGCCACUGGCUGGGGUCGGACCUCGACCAAUGGUCCGAUUAGUCCCGACCUGUUAAAAGUGGAUCUGUCUCCGAUACCAAUUGGCCAUUGUAAGUAUAGCUAUCCUCAGAGUUCCAAUCCGAGAAUAAACUUCGGGAUAAUGGAAGACAGCAUGAUAUGUGCGGGCGACAUCAGGAAUGGAAGCGACACGUGUACGGGCGAUUCUGGCGGCCCUCUGCAAGUAAACCACCCCAACUAUGCAUGUAUGUCUAGUCAAAUCGGUAUAACGUCGUUCGGGAAAUAUUGCGGAAAUAGGGACACGCCCGGCGUCUACACCAGAGUGUCCUAUUAUGUUCCGUGGAUCCAAAGGAUCGUUUGGCCAAAAAGUUGAACGUCCGCCAAAAUAGACAAAAUAAUCGAUUUUUUUUUAAAUAAAAAGACAGUAAUUAUUAUGUCUGAUAUAUCGUGCGAUACAUGCCGCUGUAAUUCAGUCCACAUCUGCAAUCAAUAAUGCCAUGACUUCGUAUACUUAGGCAACAUUCAUUGAUUGUUGGCUGCAGACUUACAUUAAAUAAUUAAAUUUAGUUAUUAAUAUAUUAUUACAGUGUAUAAUACUUAUAUUACAUGUUAAUGCUAUAUAAGCCUAUAAAUGAAUAAAGAUAUAUUAGGUAUCUAUUAAU